GUUACGGAUUCAUUGUAAUUUGAUCGAUGUGUAAAAAUUUAAGUUUUAGAAUCUUUGGUAAUUGAAAAUUUACCAGAGUUGCUCCCCCUUGUCUUUUUUGGCUAAACUGUAAGUAGAAUUCUAAUAAUGUGCCAUCUGGAGCGCUUUUGCAACAAUCACGGCAAUAUUCCUGUAGUGAUAGUGUCAGUGGUUGCCGGUCCAUUAUGCUCUUUAGUUCACGAUAUCUGGCAUCUGCAUGACCAUAUCACUCUGUUUCAGGAAAAAUAUCCAGGCAGCAUAUUUAAUUAUGGGGAAAACUUGUGAUAAGAUAAAGAAAUUUAUUGAGGAUGAUCGACCCCAGAAAUUAAAGUCGUACCUGAUUGAACACCGGAUUGGUAUUGAUGAUUACACGUUUAAUAAAGGACAAAAUCUACUCCAUUACAGCGUUAAAAAAUCUUCUCCUGGUGUCCUCGGCUAUUUAUUACGUAUGGAUUUUGACGUACGAAAACGAAACAGUAAAGGACAAACAGCUCUCGACAUCGCCAUCAGAAAAUCCAAAAAAUCCAAAAAAUCAACCGCUAUCAAAAUUUACCAAGAGAUUGUGGUACCAUUGGUAGAUUAUUAUCAACAUGAUGGUCAACAUUUCAAAUUACCGACAAAAAUUAAAAUUAAAUUAAAAGAAUUACAAGAAAAAUUAUUCCACCAACAUGAACAAAAUUCCAGUCAUCAUAUGAAGGUAGAUAACUCUAGAUUGUCGUCUACAUCUGAAUCAGAGACAGAUGAAGACAUGGAGGAUGAGAAACGAUGGAAUGAGAAAAUAGCAGAGGAAAAUGACGAUGAAUAUAUGAGUUCGUGGGGAAAUUAUGAAGAAGAUUUCUGUGAUGAGGGCGAAAAGGAAACCUAUGACCAAUGGACGAGUAGGAUACACUGUGAACAUAAAUUAAAACAACAAGCCAAUAGAUUCCAUCCUUACAACAACACAUCACCUAAAUCAACCGAUGGUACGAAUUCCAAGACUGAUGCCAUUUUAAACGACAAAAAAUCGAAACAAAAAAUACGUGAAGAGAAUCUGAGACAGAAGCGAGUAGAGCUGGAAAAAAUAUUUGCAGAAAAACAACUAAGAAUCCGAGAAAUAUCACGUCAGGAGAAAAAAUAUAAAUAUGAAGAGAAAUAUACAAAAUUUUUACAAACUAAAGGUGAAGGACAAAUAAAAUAUAACGACAUUCCUUGGCCUUUUAAGACAAAACUUUCAGAGAUAACAGACAUUUUAUUUUGUGAUUUUAACGACAAAAACAGUGAUUCGUAUCGUAAAUAUUUACGUGAACAACAAGUUCGCUGGCAUCCGGAUAAGUUCCGACAAAAUUUUGUUGAAUUUCUGGCUGAAGAAGAGAAAGAGGAAAUCUUAGAUAGAGUGACAGAAAUUUCUCAGUAUUUAAAUAAAUUGACUGAAAAAUAAUAUUUGUAGUAAUUGAUGUGAAUUUAUGUAUUAUUGAGCCUAUUUAUUUAUUUGAAUAUUUAUUUUUACUGAGUUUAAGAUUUAAAAAGUUUAAUAAAAUUAUUGGUUUUAUUUAUA